AUGCAAUUCAUUGCCAUCGCCGCCCUCGCGGUGACAGCUCUGGCAUCAGCUGUCUCAUCCUCUGGCCGGAAGAGCUCUGCGUCUCUCGGCGUCCGCUACCACGUCGACUGUCCUAGUACAUCCGACUACGACGCCUUCAUGGAGUGCUACAACAACCAAGCAGGGCGCUGCGACCAAUAUACCGACGAGAUCGGCUGCCUCGGAGUGGAGUACUUGCACGUUGAGUUGAUCCUCCCGAAACUCGAAGUCAAGGCACACACAAGCUCAUGGUGUCACGCCUUACGAAUUGGUGACUUGGAGGAGUGGCCUGCUGGAUCCGUGCCUUGUCAGGUCCUGGCGUAG